ACCUUAAGACAGAUCUCUCUCUCUCUCUCUCUCUCUAGACAAGCACAAUUAACACAAUAUAAAUAAAUAAGCACACAUAAAUAGAGCUUCGCCAUGAAUCUUUUUCUCCUCCCUCACUAGUACUCCCUGCCUCUUUCUCUUUCUCUUCCAGCUGUGUCUGAACUGAAGAAUGCCAAUAAGCACACCAGGGAGAAAUCUCAAGCUCUGCUUCACAAAGAUCAAAUGGCCCCUAGCACCCCAAUCCCCUCCCAUGAGUCCCACCCUACAAAACCCUUCAGAUCAUGAUCACACCCACAUAAGAAACUUCAACUCCCUCUACGACUCCACCUCCAAAUCCUUCACCCACUCCUCCUCCUCCUCCUCCCUCUCCACCACCACCUCCACCUCCUGCGAACCCGACCCCACAGCCAUCCCCGCAGACUUCGCCACCGCCUUCGCCUCCCAACGCUUCUUCUUCUCCACCCCUGGCCGCUCCAACUCCAUCAUCGAGUCCACCGUUGAAGAAUCAGCCUUAGCAGCAGUACCAAUUAAUGUCGCAGUACUGCCAGAACCGGAGGAGGAGAAGAAGCCUUUCAGAAACAGCGUGGCGGUCCCCACUUACUCGCCGGACCCCUACGCCGACUUCCGCCGCUCCAUGCAAGAGAUGGUGGAGGCGCGUGAGCCACUGGACGUGAAUUCCAACUGGGAUUUCUUGCAUGAGCUUCUUCUAUGCUAUCUUGCACUCAACCCUAAGAACACCCACAAGUUCAUUGUCGGAGCUUUUGCCGAUCUUCUCGUCAGCCUCCUGUCACAGCCACCGGCCGAAGGUAGGCGCCGGGAUCCCAAAAACUGUGAAAUUUCGCAACGGUGAGAUUUAGGAUUGGAAUCUUAAUUACCACAAAAAAGAAAAAGAAAAAAAAAAAAAAAAAAGACGAAUUUAAGGACAGUGCAUGUACGUAGAUGUAACGUGGGUGUCAGAUAAUGAUUAACUAUAUAAUUGUAUUUGCGGGGAACCAAGUUUGGUCCAUUUUUUUAAUGUCGUCCAUUAUUUCAG